AUGGCCAAAACCGAGGAAGAAGAAUUGCAGGCACAAGUGAGGAGUUUAGAGCAGCGAGAGCUGGCACAGAUGCGGCAAGGCGCAAUCCUUCAGUGCAAGUUGGAGGAAGCAGAGCUCAAGCACAAGGAUUUAGCAGCAGAAGUUGAGGAUCGCCGCGCACGGGUGCGGGAGGAGCAGCAAGAGCAAAGGAUGAGGCGUCAACAGGAGGCACUUGCUCGCGUGGAAAAGGACCUCCAGAGACGGUUGGAAGAGCUCCGGACCAGAGAGUUGGAGUUCGAAAAGUCCUUGAAACAAGAGCAGAGCAAAAAGGACAGCUUAGAAGAUGAGGUGCAGUAUUGGAGAAGCUGUGGACAAGCUCUUCUGAGACGAGCAGGCACACUGAAGGAAAGUGUCUCACAACACCAGGAGAGCAGGCACACCGAUCUCCAGGUAGAGAUGAAGGCGAUGGAUGCUCAAGCAGUAGAGUUAAGAAGCCGCGUCAAGGAAGUGGAGCGGAUGGUGGCUAAUGGCCGAGCACAGGAGGUGGAGAUGAUGACCAAGACUCAGGGACUGCUGCAUAGCUUGUCGCAGGCCGAGCAAUCACUUGCUGCUUCCCAGGCCAAGGUGGCAAGUUUGCAAGCAGAGCUGCAGCAGGCGGAGGCAAGAAAGCCACGUGCAAGUGCGUCCCGAAGUCACCAGUUGAGUUUUGCACAUAUAUACACGCGUCAUGCAGUUUGA